GCGAGCUCAGGGGGCGGGGCUCGGCCGGGGCAGGAGGCCGGAUAAUUAGAAAAUCAGCCAGAAAGAGGGCGGUGCCGGCCGGUGUCCUCUGGGUGAAAAGUCCCCGAGGUGUUCAGGCUCGGCAGGACAGCUCGUGGCUCUUCUCCCGGGACUCAGCCAUUUAAAGAUCGAGACCAAGAUUGAAAGCAUGGCCAACCUCAAGCAGCUCAUGGACAAUGAGGUGUUGAUGGCCUUUGCCUCCUACGCAACCAUCAUCCUCACCAAGAUGAUGUUCAUGAGCUCUGCGACUGCAUUCCAGAGGCUCACCAACAAGGUUUUUGCCAACCCAGAAGACUAUGCUAGCUUUGCCAAGGGAGAGAAUGCCAAGAAGUUAGUGCGCAGUGACGAGAAGGUGGAGCGUGUGCGAAGAGCCCACCUGAACGAUCUUGAAAACAUCGUCCCCUUUCUCGGCAUUGGCCUUCUGUAUUCCCUGAGUGGUCCAGAUCUCUCCACAGCCCUCAUGCACUUCAGAAUCUUUGUUGGUGCUCGGUUGUACCACACCAUUUCCUACUUGACUCCCCUUCCUCAGCCAAACAGGGCUUUGGCGUUUUUUGCUGGCUAUGGAGUUACUUUGUCAAUGGCUUACAGGCUGCUAAGAAGUAGACUAUACUUGUAAAGGAAAUUGCGAUCCUCAUAAUCUCAUUGAUUCUUUAGAGGAAUUGUAUACUUAGAAAGUAUUCAAACAAUAUCUAAAGUUUUGUGUAGAAGAGAAUCAGAGAAAGUAGGAAUCAGGGAAAACUCAGAUUAAAGACUAGCAUGGAGAGCUUAUAUUCUUCUUUUGUAUUUUGGUCAGACAUUUAAUGUAGUCAAUAUUAACAAUGUUGUCUACUCCUAAAGUCCUUUGCUGUAAGUCUUGAUUGUGAUAUAAUUUGUCAUGCUGCAUUUCAUAUUGUGCAUCUGAAAAGAGUGAUCACUUGGAUGGGAAACCUGGGUUUCAUUAUUGUUGAGGUGGGCACAUGAAUUAAAAACAUUAAAGAUGAUCUUUUUCUCUUUUUCAAAA